UUUUGUCUAUGAAAUUUGACAAUUGCCAAAUCAGCCAGGCUCUCCAGUCUGUAGAAUUUCUUUAAAAAAUCCUGAUUUUAUUGAAUUUUCUGAAUGAAUACUAAGUGAGGCAGUGAAUUUUAGUCCUUUUAGUUAACCUCAAGUCACCGCAUGCAUACCUGAUCAACGAUAUGUCGACGUACGAGGAGUUUAUUCAGAAUAAUGAAGACAGAGAUGGUAUACGUUUUACCUGGAACGUCUGGCCGUCCAGUAGGAUCGAAGCUACGCGGCUUGUGGUUCCACUGGCAUGUCUCUACCAACCGCUGAAGGAGCGACCAGACUUACCACCGAUUCAAUAUGAACCUGUAUUUUGUACACGUAAUACAUGCCGUGCUAUACUAAAUCCUAUGUGUCAAGUUGAUUAUCGUGCAAAAUUAUGGGUCUGCAACUUUUGCUUCCAAAGGAAUCCCUUCCCACCACAAUAUGCUGCUAUAUCCGAGCAGCAUCAGCCUGCUGAGCUCAUCCCCAACUUCUCCACUAUAGAGUAUACAAUCGCCCGUGCCCAGACCAUGCCACCCAUCUUCCUACUGGUUGUGGACACAUGCCUUGAUGAAGAAGAACUUAGUGCACUGAAGGACUCUCUGCAGACGUCGCUCAGUUUGAUGCCUCAGAAUGCUUUGGUGGGCCUCAUCACUUUUGGCCGUAUGGUACAAAUUCAUGAGUUAGGUACUGAAGGUAUAUCAAAAUGCUAUGUCUUCAAAGGAACUAAAGAUUUGCCAGCUAAGCAGAUCCAGGAGCAGUUGGGUAUAGGCCGUGUCAACAUGCCGAACCCGCAGCAGAGGCCUGGUGCACCUGUACCCCAACCUCCGGCCCACCGGUUCCUACAACCCGUCAAGCAAUGUGACAUGGCUCUGACAGACUUACUCGGAGAACUUGGCCGAGAUCCUUGGCCCCUUGGUGUAGGGAAACGGCCUUUGAGAAGCAGUGGAGUGGCUUUAUCUCUUGCUGUUGGACUUCUGGAAGUCACUUACCCCAAUACUGGAGCUAGAAUUAUGAUGUUCCUAGGAGGUCCAUGCUCUCAAGGUCCAGGUCAGGUAGUCAAUGAUGAGCUGAAGCAGCCUAUCCGUUCCCAUCACGAUAUUCAUAAGGAUAAUGCCAAGUAUAUGAAGAAAGCUAUCAAGCAUUAUGAGGCUCUGUCUUUAAGGUCGGCUACAAAUGGACACUCAAUAGAUAUAUAUUCAUGUGCUCUUGAUCAAACUGGUUUGAUGGAGAUGAAGCAGUGCUGUAAUUCCACUGGUGGUCACAUGGUGAUGGGGGAUUCCUUCAACUCCUCCCUUUUCAAGCAGACAUUCCAAAGGGUAUUUGCCAAGGACCAAAAGGGUGACUACAAGAUGGCGUUCAAUGGAACCUUGGAAGUCAAGUGCAGCCGAGAAUUAAAAAUAACCGGUGCAAUCGGUUCCUGCGUGUCCCUGAACGUGAAGGGUCCCUGCGUGUCGGACCAGGAGGUGGGCAUGGGCAACACUUGCCAGUGGAAGAUGUGCACCUUCACGCCUAGCACCACCAUGGGUAUCUUCUUUGAGGUGGUGAACCAGCACGCGGCGGUGCCGCAGGGCGGGCGCGGCUGCGUGCAGCUCAUCACGCAGUACCAGCACUCCAGCGGGCAGCGGCGCGUGCGCGUCACCACUAUCGCUCGCAAUUGGGGCGACGCGGCAGUGAAUCUCCACCAUAUAUCGGCCGGGUUCGACCAGGAGGCGUGUGCGGUGGUGAUGGCCCGUCUAGUUGUGUACCGCGCGGAGCUGGAAGACGGGCCCGACGUGCUGCGCUGGCUGGACCGCAUGCUGAUCAGGCUGUGCCAGAAGUUCGGCGAGUACGGCAAGGACGACCCCAACAGCUUCCGCCUGUCCGAGAACUUCAGCCUCUACCCUCAGUUCAUGUACCACCUGCGUCGCUCGCAGUUCCUGCAGGUCUUCAACAACUCUCCGGACGAGACUACUUUCUAUAGGCACAUGCUAAUGCGCGAAGACCUAACUCAGUCGCUGAUCAUGAUCCAGCCGAUCCUGUACUCGUACUCGUUCGAGGGUCCACCGGAGCCGGUGCUGCUGGACACCUCCUCCAUCCAGCCGGACAGGAUUCUUCUCAUGGACACGUUCUUCCAGAUCCUCAUAUACCAUGGCGAGACGAUAGCCCAGUGGCGCGCGUUGCGCUACCAAGACAUGCAGGAGUACGAGAGUUUCGCGCAACUGCUGCGCGCGCCCGUCGACGACGCGCAGGAGAUACUGCAGACCAGGUUCCCUGUACCGCGCUACAUCGACACUGAGCACGGCGGAUCACAGGCUCGUUUCCUGCUGUCCAAGGUGAAUCCUUCGCAGACGCACAACAACAUGUACGCAUACGGCGGGGCGAUGCCGAUACCAUCAGCGGACGGUGGCGCCCCCGUGCUUACGGACGACGUUUCCCUGCAAGUUUUCAUGGAGCAUCUGAAGAAACUGGCCGUAUCGUCCACAGCUUAAAAUUUGAAUAUCCCGCCAUCUUAUCGCGUAUAAUCAUUUCGCUGAUGUCUGUUUUGGUAUUGCUAAGGCCUACUUGCAUUGAUCGGAUUUGAUUUGAUACGGAACUAACUUAUCUGUAUCGGCGUGAGCGUCGCUACUGUUGAAUGACUUGAAAAAUGACUUUUUUUGAUUGACUGUUGAAAAUUUUCAAUUUUGAGUGUUACAACACGCAAUUUGAUAACCUAUCCAAUUACGCAAAAGCCAUAAAAAAUUCUUUGACAUUGACAAACCUAUCAUCAUCAUCCGCAGCCAUCGGUGACCGCUGGGUAUAGUCCUCCUUCCGUCUACGUCUUCUGACAAACUUGUAGUUAUAUUUAUCCCGUAAACAUGCAAGUGAGCUUUAGUAGGCAAACAGGCAUACGGCUCACCUGAUGCGUGCAGUCAUCGCAGUCACUAGAUAUGUCACUUUCGCAACGGCGAGCCAGAUUGUUUUCCCGCCCUUUAAAUAUGGUAUUAGAAUUGGCUUCACCCUCACCUUACGAUAUUAUGAAGAUUUUGUGUCAAAAUGCGAAGACACAUUCACUUGUCACUUAAAAAAUUAAAAAAAAACAAUAUACUAAACUGCGAUGAUUUGGAUAUUCGGAGCCAAUUUUACAAAUACAAUGUAAAUUAAUAAUAUGGAAAUGUUUUUAAUAUAAUUAUUCAAUAUUUAUUUAUAAGAAGAACAUCUAUUUUACUUUUUUUUCAUUUUAUAAAUCUAUGUACAGUUCGGAAUUUAAUUCAGACAUGUAUUACUCGCUGAAAUUUAAGGUAUUACAAUAAGAAAACUAGUAUAACUGAUUCCUUUGUAAAUGGUAAAUAAAAUCUGGAUUGAUAUAAAAAAA